AUGGAGCAAGUAAGCAACUGCCUCUAUCUUCUUUUGGUUCUGGCCCUCUCUCUUCUUCUCCUCAAGCUCAAGAAGCGUGGCGGGAUUGGCAACGUGAGGCUGCCGCCUGGCCCGUGGCAGCUGCCGAUCAUCGGCAGCCUGCACCACCUUGCCGGUAACCCGCUCAUCCACCGCGCCCUUGCAGACUUAGCUCGCCGGCUGGACGCGCCCCUCAUGUCCCUCAAGCUCGGUGAGAUUCCUGUCGUCGUGGCGACGUCCCCUGAGGCGGCGCGCGAGUUCAUGAAGACGCACGACGUCACCUUCGCGACGCGGCCGUGGAGCCCGACCGUCAGGAUUAUGAUGGCCGACGGGCUGGGGAUGGUCUUCGCGCCCUACGGCGACCUGUGGCGGAAGCUCCGCAAGAUCUGCGUCGUCGAGCUGCUCAGCGCCCGCCGCGUCCAGUCGUUCCGCCACGUCCGAGAGGGCGAGGUCGCCCGCUUUGUCGCGUCGAUAACAGCGGCGGCCACCGCCUCGCCCGGCGUGCCCUUGAACCUCAGCGCGCGCAUCGCCGUGCUCAUCGCGGACUCGUCCCUGCGUGUCAUGAUCGGGGACAGGUUCGAGAAGCGGGACGAGUUCAUGGAGAAUCUUACAGAGGGUCUAAAGCUCACCACCGGGUUCAACCUCGGCGACCUAUUCCCGUCCUUGCCAUUCGUCAACUCCAUCACGGGCACUGCGCGGCUGACGUUAAAGAACCACCGCAAGUCCUUCGAGCUCAUGGACUACGCCAUCAGGCAGCAUGACAAAAGGAGGGCUUCCCUCCCUGAGGCGAAUGGCGCCCUGCAGGAAGAAGACGAGGACCUAGUGGACGUGCUCUUGAGGAUACAGAGGGAAGGUGGCCUCGACGUGCCUCUCACCAUGGGAAACAUCAAGGAGGUUAUCCUUGAGCUAUUUAGCGCCAGCGCCGAGACCUCGGCGACUACACUGCAAUGGGCAAUGUCGGAGCUUAUGAGGAACCCAAGGGUGAUGCAUAAAGCACAAUCCGAGAUACGUAGCCAUCUGAACGGAAAACCGAGCGUUAUCGAGGAUGACUUGGGGGACCUCAAAUACCUGAGGCUCGUCAUCAAGGAGACUCUCAGGCUCCAUCUGGCAGCACCGCUACUCCUCCCACGAGAGUGUACCGAGUCGUGUAAAGUCCUCGGGUACGACAUCCCAAAGGGCACAACGGUGUGGGUUAACGCAUGGGCCAUUUGCAGGGACCCUAUGCAUUGGGACAAUGCUGACGAGUUCAGGCCGGAGAGGUUCGAUUCUAGCACGGUAGACUUCAAGGGUACCCACUUUGAGUACAUACCAUUCGGAGCGGGCCGGAGGAUAUGCCCCGGCAUGGCAUUUGCUCAGUCAAACAUUGAGCUUCCUCUCGCUGCAAUUCUCUACCACUUCGAUUGGGAGCUUGAGGAUGGGAUAAAGCCCGAGACCCUGGACAUGACAGAAGAUAUGGGACUUACUGUACGACGGAAGAAAGAUCUGUAUUUACACGCCCUCGUCCAUGUGCCACUACAAGCCAUAUCAUAG